CUAGUUCACAUCCCAACCCCCACAAAAAAUAAAAAAAAUAAAAAAAAACUUUUAAAAUCAACUAAAAAUUUAUGUACCGCCGCUUCUCUAUCUACACUUGCUCUAAAACCAAAAUACGAGAUGCGGUGGCUAUAAACAACAGAGGAGGAGGAGGAGAGGCCAUUGUUGUUCCCCAACUUGCCAAGCUCUCUCAGCUUUCCAUUCCCGCCAAUGAUAUCCGAGGCGGUUUGAAGGUGUACUGAAGGCUUUUUGAACUACUUUGUUGUUCUUCCUUUUAAAUGAAAAUGAAUUUCACUCUGGGCUCUAUAAUUUCUGAGGUGACACCUCCAUGCUUCGAAGGGUUGCGAAGCAAAAAUAUAAAUUUACUAGUACCUAAACCAUUUAUUAGGGUUGGUAAAUUAAUUAGGAAAGACAGCGUUCAAGUGUUCAAUCAUGAAGCUCGAGAGAUGGUGAUUUCUAGUGAUAUGUUGUCUGGACACCUGGAACAAUCACAUAUACCAAAGAAAAGGCUGGAGGAGCCAAGUCAGAAGUUGGAAUUUGUACGGACAUUGUUGAUUGACAAUUAUGAUAGUUACACAUACAAUAUAUACCAAGAGUUGUCUGUCAUUAAUGGAGUGCCUCCAGUGGUUGUGCGGAAUGAUGAAUGGACAUGGGAAGACAUUUACCAUUACUUGUAUGAAGAAAAUGCCUUUGACAAUAUUGUUAUAUCACCAGGUCCCGGUUCUCCCACAUGCCCAGCGGAUAUAGGCAUAUGCCUUAAGCUGCUACUCGAGUGUAGGGACAUCCCUAUAUUAGGUGUUUGCCUUGGACACCAGGCUUUAGGAUACGUGAAUGGUGCUCAUGUUAUCCAUGCAUCUGAACCAGUCCAUGGACGUUUGAGUGAAAUUGAGCACAGUGGAUGUAGACUGUUCCAUAAUAUUCCUUCUGGCAGAAAUUCAGGAUUUAAGGUGGUUCGAUACCAUUCCCUUAUUGUAGAUGCAGAAUCACUUCCAAAGGAACUCAUACCGAUAGCAUGGACCUCUUCCACUGGCACACUUUCUUUUCUUGGCACCCGAAAGUCUGAUGCUAUCUCUGAUGCUUAUGAAAGUCCGCUAAAUGAACAAAUCUUUGUUAAUUCUUCUUUGAGAAAGUCUAAAAAUGGUAGUUAUUGGCCUUCCAGUGAUUCUGAGUUGAUGAGUGGGAAAGUCCUUAUGGGCAUCAUGCACUCCACCAGGCCUCAUUAUGGCGUGCAGUUUCAUCCCGAGAGUGUUGCGACCUGUCAUGGGAGGCAAAUAUUUAAGAACUUUAGAGAGAUCACUGAGGACUAUUGGCUCAAGUUGAGAUCAUCCUCCAAAAGCGAGAGAAAAGUUCGUCAUACUGCAUGCAUGCAGGUGCCCCAUGCAAGCCAGUUGUUCAGAGAUAAUCUUAGAAGCAAGCAGUUGGUGAAUGAUUUGGGUGAGGGCAACCACUGCAGCUUGUGCAAUAUGACAAAUCAAUCUCAUCAGAGCAAUGAUGCUAAAUUUCUGAAGUUGAAAUGGAGGAAAUUUGAACGGCUAGCCAGUGAAGUUGGCGGAGCAAGAAAUAUUUUCUGUGAACUGUUUGGUGAUCAUAAAGCCAACAACACCUUUUGGUUGGACAGUUCCUCAGUAGAAAAGAGAAGGGCACGGUUUUCAUUUAUGGGGGGUAAAGGUGGCUCUCUGUGGAAGCAACUCACAUUCAGAUUGUCAGAUCAAAGUGAUAUGACAUUUAGAGGUGGAGGCUAUUUGUCUACUGAAGAUGCUCGGGGCUUUACCAGCAGUACAUAUUUGGAAAAUGGUUUCUUUGAUUUUUUUAACAAGGAGCUCCAGUCAUUUUGUUAUGACCAAAAAGAUUUUGAAGGAUUGCCAUUUGAUUUUCAUGGUGGAUAUAUUGGGUACAUUGGGUAUGGCCUCAAAGUUGAAUGCGGCAUGACAUCUAACCAUCAUAAAUCAAGGACACCAGAUGCUUGUUUUUUCUUUUCCGAUAAUUUUAUAGUGAUAGAUCAUCGUAAUGACGAUGUUUAUAUUAUGUCCAUACAUGAUAGAAACACAACUCAGACACCAUGCUUGGAUCUUGUAGAGCAGAAGCUUUUCAGCUUGAAGGCUUCAGCUACAAAGAAGUUAAUGUCUCAAAAUUCACAGCUCGUCACAAGCGCCUCAUUUGAAGUGGGCUUUUUUGCUGAGAAAUCUAGAGAGCGCUACAUCGAAGAUGUUGAGAAAUGUCAGAAGUUCAUUAAGGAUGGGGAAAGCUAUGAGUUGUGUUACACAACACAGAUGAGAAAGAGAAUAGGGGAAAUAGAUUCUUUGGGACUUUACCUAAAACUCAGAGAAAAGAAUCCAGCUCCAUAUGCUGCUUGGCUUAAUUUUUCGAAGGAAGGCCUAUGCAUCUGUUGUUCUUCACCCGAGAGGUUUCUACAACUGGAUAGAAAUGGUGUUUUGGAAGCAAAACCAAUCAAGGGUACUAUAGCUCGUGGUUCAACACCAGAGGAAGAUGAAUUGCUCAAAUUACAAUUGCAGUGCAGUGAAAAGGAUCAGGCUGAAAAUCUAAUGAUUGUUGACCUUCUAAGGAAUGACCUUGGUCGGGUCUGCGAGCCUGGCUCUGUUCACGUACCCCAUCUUAUGGAAGUGGAAUCAUAUGCGACAGUUCACACCAUGGUGAGUACAAUCCGGGGGAAAAAGCAAUCAAAUGUAAGUGCGGUUGAUUGUGUUAGAGCGGCAUUCCCAGGUGGUUCAAUGACGGGUGCACCAAAGUUGAGAUCCAUGGAACUUCUUGAUUCUCUUGAAAGUUGUUCGAGGGGUAUAUACUCUGGCUGCAUUGGGUUUUUCUCAUAUAACCAAACAUUUGAUCUUAACAUUGUGAUAAGAACGGUUGUUAUUCAUGACGGCGAAGCUUCCAUAGGAGCAGGAGGUGCGGUUGUAGCUCUUUCGAAUCCUGAAGACGAGUACAAUGAAAUGCUUCUCAAAACACGAGCACCGGUUAAUGCUGUUAUGGAGUAUCAGCGUGGAUCACUAUCAAAAGAAUAGAAGUAAUUCCAUCAGUCUUUUUUGUUUUUAGGAUUUCAGUUUGUUUUUUGCUUCUUUGAAGUUGAGAUUCUGAAACUGCAACUGAGAGAAAUCCAGAAUGCCUGCAGAGAAGUGCAACUAAUGUUGUAUCAUUGGAGUUUUUUUUACAGAUUUCAUGAUUUAUUUUUUUUUUUCCAAAUCAAUAAAAUUCCUGGUAGUAAAACCAAUAUCAACUGGUGUUUGCAUUUUGUGUAAUCUGCAGAUUGAUUUAAAUUUUAACAAAUGACAUGAUGCAUUUGUCUUC